AACAAAGAACCAAACACAAAAAACAUUGCUCCCACUGAACACUUUGAGUUCAACUCCAAGUUCACUGACAAAAUGCAGAGGAUCAAGAUUCCUCUUCCUCCUGUGGAUGAGAAGAAGAAAGUGAUAGAAGAUGUUGAUAAGGAUCGGAGAUAUGCAAUCGAUGCCUCAAUUGUGCGUAUCAUGAAGAGUCGAAAGGUUUUGGGUCAUCAGCAGUUGGUCAUGGAGUGUGUUGAGCAGUUGGGUCGCAUGUUUAAGCCUGAUUUCAAGGCAAUCAAGAAAAGGAUUGAGGACUUGAUCACUCGAGACUAUUUGGAGAGAGACAAAGACAACCCCAAUUUGUUCAGAUAUCUGGCAUGACAUGUUCUGGAUGAUUGUCCAGAUCGAGUGACUUCUCCUG